AUGUCAAGGACCAACAUUAUUCUCUCAACGCCUCAUAACUACGACCUCCAAGGCCUGGCCGAAACGACCCAACAGUCUUUAAGCCUCCUCAAACCAUGGACAACGCUUCCCCCGUCUCCAUCAAACCCACUCAUUGGGGAGAUAUCUACAAAAGCAGCUAAUUAUGUAUCUGCCAUACAAAUGGGCGUAUCAGCAGCAUACAGCGGCUUCACCGUAACCGAAGAGGUACUGUUUCUAGCAAAAGUGCUCCCCGUAGACGAUCAGGAGGAUCUUAAACAAUACCUUGUCGGCAUGAUGGAUCUCGCGCGGGAAGCACGGGAAAAUGCAAACAGCGCAUUCCAAGCCUUUCGCAAUGUGCGCACCGACAUCUACGAAACGAUGUCCCAAUUGACAGAACAGCUCAAAUCUGCUGACCACCCUGGUCAUAGGGCUAGAGACGACUAUCCACAGUAUCGCAAGGAUGAUCUCGACGUUUUAGUCAAAUUCAGCGAAUACCUAUCCAAAUACGCAGAGUGGUGGGACUGGAUCAAAGUCGAGACGGACCCCUCCUCAAGCUCGAAAAAUGAACCCCUUGCUUUUCAGCUGGACAGCCUUACUGAUCCAGAAGCUGUCAAAAGGUGGACACAGCUUAGAUCGCAGUAUACUGCCUACGUUCAGAUGAUUGGAGAAUUCGAGGACUCGGAUCCACAGUUUUUCAACCGAUCUAUUUCACCAUCUCCUGAAGGCUCUGGUCAAAGUUCGACUAACAAACAUAUAAUGGACGUUUCAUCUACCCCAUCCUCAACGGCCACACUACACGCCUCAGCUUCUCAUGCGACUGGACCUCAAACUGUCAAUGGCUCAAGCACUCCCCCUCAUAAUUCUUCUAGUCACCAACCCAACAAACCUACUCCAGAAAGACCUUCAUCCGUCGAUAUUAAGCUAAAUGGCAAUAAAUCUUCGGGCCCGUCAUGGCACAUCAAAUCCGUCAAUCUUAUAUCAAAAUUCAUCAAAUCUCUCCAAAGAACAAAGUUCGGACAAAUAGCAAUCCGCUGCGUCACAAAACGUGGUUCUUACGCGGCGCAGAAUCCAAACCAAACCUCUACUGAGCCUUCGCCCAAAAAGAAGAAAAAUGAAAAGAAAGCACCCACUCCAUCUUCCUCCGUCAAUCCUUCGCCGACAAAAAACAGUACUCCCAAAACCGGCAGUGAUUGA